AUGUCUUCAUUCUUCUCUUCUAGAUCUAAAUCGCAGGUUCGAAUUAGUUCACAGUCCAACAAAAGCUCCAAUGACGGAUCUGGUGAUUUUGACAAUAGAAGCCGGCUGUCAUUCUCAAAGAUGCGGAAGAAAAGGCCACCUCCUAUCAAUAUCGCCGUGGCCGGUAAUGUUAUAAUCACGAAUGCCACACCCCAAGUGAUAUAUUCAGAUAUUCCGUGGUCGGCUUCAAACCCGCCAACUCCUCGCGCAAACACCUGCUCAAAUCCAGGAUGUAUUAUGGUUCGAGAGACGAUGCCCAUGGGCCCACCCCUAGACUCUCAAUUGAGGCUGGCCGGUCCAUGCACUGCCUGUUCCUGUCAACAGUACAUUCAAUCAACACCAUCAAACCCGUCUUAUGUCUCCCCCCGUCAUGCAUGCUUCUCAGCAGCAGAGCUUCCUGGGUCAAUGGCGUCUCCCAAGAGCAGCGUUGAGCUGGAUGUACCCGCAACGCCAACGAGGCUCACAUUUGAACAUUUGGAUGAGCAUAUCUUAGAUUCGCCUCCAAACUUGACUUUAAGCCCAAAGGCGGAGACAACACGAUCGAAUAAACAAGACCAUUACCAGUUUGGUCGGUUGCUCGAAACAGAGCCUAUUCGCAGGGGGAAACGUCUGGGACAGAUGGAUUAUGAUGAACUCAUGGAAAUCCUCCCAGAUCUUACCCCGGAUCAAGUCACAAGAUACUGGAGCCCAGCCAUCCGCAAACAACUUGAGGGAGCAAAGAACAAUCAGAGCAGCCCUUCUGCAGCCACUCGAUCGAGUACAUGGAGUGGACAGACCGAGGUAUCAGAUAGCAAAGAAGACCCCGAGCAGGUCAGGGCCGAGUGCGAGAUCCGGUUAAACACUAAGGAGAACGAAAUCACAGGUCUUAUACGGCUUCAUGACUCACGGAUCAAUGCGCUCUGCAAGUUCAUAAGCAAACAUCUCAAGGACCAACUUGAGAGCUCCAACGAUAAAAACCACCAGGCAGUACGGGAGAUCGUUUCGGCACAACAACGUCGAGGAAGAGACCCCUUCGACGCCGACCUCCAGCACAUGUACCAGUCCCGACAGAUUCAGGAACUGCAGGACCAUAUAUCCAAACUUGAGCCAGUCGCUAUACGCAACGAGAAGCGAGCUAGGGCAUACAAGGACAAGGCCAAGACGCUGCAAGAGGAUAUCAUAGCUUCAAAGGAGACCCAAGAACUUCUCAAACAAGAGCUCGUUGAGAAGGACGCCUAUAUCGACAUCCUUAAUAACAAGGUGACCCAGCUUCUGACCAUGCGUCCUGAUCCGUUCCCCCCGUCUGAUGCACGAGGAUCCCGGAAGCAUCUACCUUCGCCGGCUCCAUGUGACUGGAAACGGGUAGAGGAGCUCAAGCACCAGGUCGCUAGCUGA